GGGCAUCCCAGUCUCGCGCGCUAUGGAGGGGUUCAGGCAAAAGACAAAAAUAUGCUCUUCAUCGCCGCCAACAUUACUCGGCAGUUGAAUGGGUUCCGUACACGGCUAGGUAUUGGACGAGUGGGAGGUGACGGGCGAAAAAAGCACAUGGGACAGUAUGAAUGUCGUUCUGCAGGAAAUUUUCGUCAAAAGACAGAGGACGAGUGUUUGGUGAAUAUAGAAGGGACUGGCUGCUGUACGGCCCAAGCCAUAAAUGUCGCUGACGCCAUGAGGCAUCCGCAGACCGAAAGAGAUGGUAAAUGACUUCAAGGAUUUGGAGGCGGCGAGGGCCGGUGUC